AUGGCUCCAACCGUUGAGAUAGCGAUCCCGAAUACCACCCUCUCAAACACAUCCCCGCCAUACGCUCUCUACCACAUCACCCUCCGCCUCCCGCUCCGCUCCUUCACGGUCCCCAAACGGUACUCGGACUUUGCAACUUUCCACAACACCCUUAUCUCCCAAACGAAUGCCCUUCCACCAGCUCCCUUGCCUUCAAAAAACUGGUUUUCGAAAACAGCCUCGAAUGAUCGAUUACGUGAAGACCGCCGCCGCGGUCUAGAGGAGUACCUUCGCGCAAUCAACGAGUCCGAAGAUGGGCGCUGGCGCACCUCGCCCGCGUGGCGUGCAUUCCUUAACCUCCCCACCGCAGUCACAUCAGCGGGCACCCGAGAUAUAAACACUUCCGCCCGACUCCACGCCGCAAUCACAGAUCCAGCUGCUACAAACGCACCGAUCACAGACCCGACGCUAUGGCUCGACUACUACCGCGACAUGAAAAACCACCUCCAUGAUGCACGACUACAACUAUCUCGCAGAGACCAGGAGACGACUCCACAGAAGCAACACGAGAGCUCUGCACAGGCGAAGGGCAGUCUUACCCGUGCGGGAACAAUGAUCACCACUCUAGACGAUGGACUGAAAAAUCUAGGACGCGGAGAGCAGAGCUCCCAGUCACAGUCAUCGUCCAUUCUCGGUGAAGGCGAGAUCCGCCGAAGAAAAGAUCUGCUUAUCAAUGCGCGCAAGGAAAAAGACGGUCUGGAGGAUCUCUUGCAUGCCAUGGCAACUAAGAGCCGGCUUAAUCAUACUGUCGCAUCCGUCCAAGAUAAAGGGGCUUUAAUCAAUGCUGGGAACGCCGCUGGAGAUGUGUCUAGUGGUCGCAAGACUCCGGCACGGGCUGGCAGGGUCCUCGGCAAAGAGACGGAGCGGACUCGAGAACUUGACAACGAGGGUGUGCUGCAGUUGCAGAGGCAAAUGAUGCAAAGUCAGGAUGAUAAUGUGGAUGAGUUGAGGAAGAUCAUUUUCCGGCAGAGGGAACUCGGCACGCAGAUUAAUGACGAGCUUGAGGUGCAGAGUGAUCUACUGCGGUUAGCGGAUGAGGAAGCUGACAUAUUGAAAUCCAAGAUUGAUGUUGGAAGGAAGAGGAUCGAAAAGAUCUCUUGA